AUGGAUUCCGUCUUUAACACAGCCUACAAAUUAUUCUGCAAGGAAGUCAUUGAUGACCGAAUAUGCAAGAAUCGUGAGAUUUUCUUUCUGACGAAGUUGGUUAAUAUUUUUCGGAGCUAUAUCGAUAAGUGUGGAGAUCGAGAGGGUGAAGAAGGUUCGAGGUACAAGGCCGGUAACCUAAAGAAACGUCUUCAGAAGAGCCAUCCCCAGCUUGUUUUCCAUGCUCCUGGGAGAAGAAACAGAAGUACGCUAGUUUUUGCUGAGAACCUUUCUGCAGGUUCACUGGCAGAGCAUUUAAUAAUGUCUGAGGAAGAGAGCUCUGAUGGUGAAAAAGGGUGUUCCGAUACCGAAGAGGAGAGGUACUGUGCUAGCACUUCUACGCGGUAUGUUGAAGAAAGUAACCAUGUCAAAUUGUACAGAGCAGCUUUUAUUUUAAAGAAUAUCAUCAAGGAUGUUCCUGUCUUCCAUACUCGUUGGCCUCCUACUGCAGAUGAUUUUAACAAAGAAGCAAUUAUUCAAACUGUUCCAUAUGAACUGUUUAAUUUCUUCUGCUGGGUGCUUGGUCUGUCGGACGAACCAUCCUCCGAAUCUUUGAGAGGUUCAAUUGCUGAGAGUUAUGAAUGUAAAAUUGAUUCAAUUGCCCAGGAUGUGGUCUAUUUAUCAUCGAAAGGACAAAAACAAACUCCAAAGUCAUUGUCACUUGGAAUCUUGAUUAGGCAAUUGACGGGGUCUGCCGAAGUCAUAAAUGUUUUGAAUUCUUUUGGCCACUGCGCAUCAUAUGACACAGUAAUACGCCAUGAGACAACUUUGGCAACCAUUCAGUCCAACAACCAAUCAUUCGUUACAAGAGACAUGGUUAAGAAUCAGCCCACAGUCUUGGUUUUUGACAAUCAAGACUACAACGAAGAAACAAAGAGUGGAAAGGGUCAAACACAUAUCGCUGCUGGUAUUGCUGUGCAAAGGCAACAAUCGCAGCCCGAUAAAAGAGAGCCAGAAGGAAAUAUCAGCAAAAGAAAAAGAAGCUUGACCUUGAAAGAAGAGAGAUUACCUGCUCAUCACAUAGGAAAGAAAAAGUCGCUAGAUGUUUACCAUUUAUCAGAAUAUAUAUCCACCGAUAUUGCCGAACAUUCGAGGCAACAAGAAUUCUCUCGAAAGCUUGACUUGGCUUACGCAUUAUGUAAGUUGCAAUCUGAAGAUAAUGGUGACAACAUGCCCAGUUGGACAGGGUUCAAUACUCUUUUGCACCCAGAUGUUCCUGCAAUGUCUACAAUUAGCUAUUUACCGAUAAUCGAUAAUCCUAUUACAGAACGAAUAGUCGACAAUAAAUGA